GUCUCUCUUAAAUUUACACGCUAUUUCCAAACAUAAAAAUGGACGGCUUGUUGCCACGAUUAAUCAAAUUUUUUUAGUUAAUUUUAAGAAUUUUAAAAAUUUAUUUUUAAGAAAAAUGGAACAACCUGAAGAAGUUCAAAUUCUUGACGAAAAAGAAGAAAAGGCUCGAAAAAAGAAGGAAAAGGAGAAAGAAAAGAAGAAGGAAAAGGCUAAAAAAGAUAAGGAAAAGGAAAAAGAAGGGGGUAAAGAUGGAAAAAAGAAGAAUAAGCAAGCUGAACUUAUCAAAGAAUUAUUAAGAAGAAAACAGGAGCAGGAAGAAGAAGAAAAGAGAGCUAGGGAAGAGGAAGAGAGACGACUUGCAGAACUUGAACGGCAGAAGGAGGAACAGGUUUGGCAUCUUUAUGGGAAUUUUUUGAAUGUCAUUUUUGAGAAAUUAGCUCAACAGCGCAAAGAGGAGGCAAAACGUAGAAAAGAAGAAUUAAUCCAAAAGCAGAAACGUGAAGGAACUUUUUUGACAAAAAAGCAAAAACAAGCUGCUGCAAAGGCUAGACAGUUACUUGAAAGUCAAGGUCAUGUUGUCCCAGAGUUGAAUAGAGAUGAUGAGGAAAAACCAAAGAAGCCUAUUUUUGCUAGAAAACGAGGUGCUAAGAAGACGAGUGAAGUUGCUGAGAAUGUAGAAGAACAAAGUGUUCCCGAAGAAGAAAAAGUUGUGGAAGAAAAGAAUGAAGAAAAAGAAGAUUUGGGUGACGAAGAAGAGGUUGUCGACGACUGGGAAACAAUUGUUGAUUCUGGUCGAGAAAUUAACAUUCCAGAUAAAUUAAAAAUAAUUAAAGAAGAAUUAAUUCCAAAACCUUCAAUUAAACAACAACCAAAUAAUAUUCCUUCAACAACUUCUGAAUUAAAUCAAAAUUUGGAAGAAGAAAGUUCAGACUCGUCUUCUGACGAUGAUGAAAGUUAUGCUUCUGAAUCUUCAAUUCCAACAAUUUCAAAAGAAACAAGAGAAGAACUUGUAGCUAAAAUUAGACUUCGUUUUGCUGAAAGAAGCAAAUUAGCAAAAGAAAAGAAGACUACAGAUAUUUUACGUUCUCCAAUUAUUUGUGUUUUGGGACAUGUCGAUACUGGAAAGACUAAAAUGCUUGACACGAUUCGUCGAACCAAUGUUCAAGAAGGGGAGGCUGGAGGUAUUACACAGCAAAUUGGUGCUACUCGGGUACCUGACUUGGCUAUUAAAGAACGGUGUAAAAUGCUCAAAAAUUUUUCCGGUGAUUCAAUGAAAAUUCCAGGAUUUUUGAUUAUUGAUACUCCUGGACACGAAAGCUUUGCAAAUAUGCGAUCACGUGGCUCUUCUUUGUGUGAUUUUGCUAUUUUAGUUGUUGAUAUUAUGCAUGGCCUUGAACAACAAACAAUUGAAUCGUUAAAAUUGUUAAUUAAAAGAAAGACGCCCUUUGUUGUUGCGUUGAAUAAGGUUGACAGACUUUACAAAUAUGAAUCGAAUCCAAGAAAAGAUAUUUGGCAACAUAUGAAUACACAACCAACAAAUACACAAUUAGAAUUUAGAGAGCGUUUUAAUAAACUUAUUGGGGAAUUUUCUGAACAGGGAAUAAAUAUAGAAUUGGCAAAUAAAAACACAAAUUUUGAUGAAUAUGUAAGUGUUGUCCCAACUUCUGCUUUUUUGGGUGAUGGAAUUGGGAAUUUAAUGGCACAUAUUGUAGACCAAUGUCAAAAUAGAUAUCUUGAAAAACUUGCUUUUUCUGAAGAGCUGGAUUGUAUUGUGAUGGAGGUUCGUUCUCUUCCUGGUUUGGGCACAACAAUAGAUGUUAUUUUAAUUAAUGGUACUUUGCGUGUUAACGAUAUUAUUGUUCUGACAGGAAGUGAUGGACCUAUUGCAACGCCUAUUAGGGACCUUUUAAUGCCUCAGCCUUUAAAAGAAAUACGUGUAAAAGCCGAUUAUGAGCACUACAAAGAAAUUAAUGGUGCACAAGGAAUUAAAAUUUUGGCAAAAAAUUUAGAGAAAGUAAUUGCCGGUCUUCCUUUAUUUGUUGCACAUCGUGAAGAUGAACUUGAAGUUUUAAAAAUGGAUGCGGAAGAUCAAUUAAAAAAUGCUCUUAUGGCAAUAAAAAAGAAACCUGAAGGAGUUUAUGUUCAAGCGAGUACUUUAGGGUCUUUAGAAGCGCUUUUGGAAUUUUUGAAAGCACAAAAAAUUCCGGUAUGGUUUUUUAAAAUUUCAUUUAUUACACUCGAACCUCGUUAUAAGCUACUCCUCGGGACUGAAAAAUUGGGCUCUAUUACACAAUAUAUGUACGUCCAAUCAACUAUUAUGCGCCCAAUCAAAUUUUAUACGUCCAAACAUAUUUUUAUCAUCUGUUGUUCGACCAUAAAAUUUUUAAUUUUCUAUUUAAAGUAUUCAAAUGUAAAUAUUGGACCAGUCCAUAAAAGAGAUGUACAAAAAGCAGCAGCAAUGCUUGAACAUAAUUCUGAAUUUGCCUGUAUUCUCGCUUUUGACGUUCCAGUGGAUCGAGAGGUUCAAUUGUUGGCUGAUAAAGAAGGAGUGAGAAUAUUCCAAGCAAAUAUUAUUUAUCAUUUGGAAGAAAGCUUUUUGAAUUAUAGAAAAGAAUUAGCUCUUAAACGACGUAAAGAAAAUGAACAUUUGGCUAUUUUUCCUUAUAAAUUACGUGUUUUACCACAACAUAUUUUUAAUGCAAGAAAUCCAAUUGUUUGUGGCGUUUCUGUGGAUGCUGGGCAAUUAAAGAAAGGAACUCCUGUUACUGCUAAAACUAAAGAAGGGCCUGUAUUCCUUGGAACAAUUUCUUCAAUAGAAAAAAAUCAUGAACAAGUAGAUAUGGCUAAAGCUGGUGAUGAAGUUUGUAUAAAGAUAGAGAACACAACAGGAGAUGCACCAAAGCUUUAUGGAAGACAUUUUACUCAUGAAGAUAUUCUUAUUAGCAAGAUAACUCGAGAAUCUAUUGAUGUUUGUAAAACAUAUUUUCGUGAUGACUUGACAAAGGCUGAUUGGCAAUUAGUUAUUGAACUAAAAAGAAUGCUAGAAAUUUUAUAA